AAAGGAAUAAGAAAAUGACGCCGACGGCCAACCAAAAUGAACUCAUUGUUGCGCACUUUUCUUCUGUAUCCAGACCACCAGAAACGACUCCCCUCUCUCCCUUUUAAACAUCUCCUUUUCUGUUCUCUUCGCUUCAUCUCUUUUUUCAGAAAAUUUCUUCAGUUUGAGGUCAGACUAGAACAGAUAGCUGCUGCCAAAUAUAAUUUGAAGAGAGAAUGUCAGGAGGAGGAGGAGGGGGUACACAGAACAGCUUGAGAAAAACACUUGGGGCACUUAAGGAUACCACCACUGUUAGUAUAGCUAAAAUAAAUAGCGAUUACAAGGAGCUGGACAUUGCUAUUGUUAGGGCAACAAAUCAUGUUGAGCGCCCGGCAAAAGAGAAACAUAUAAGAGCGAUCUUUGCUGCUAUUUCUGCGACAAGGCCUCGGGCUGAUGUUGCGUACUGCAUUAAUGCUCUUGCAAGACGUCUUUCUAAGACACAUAAUUGGGCGGUUGCAUUAAAAACAUUGAUUGUUAUCCAUCGUGCAUUGCGAGAGGUGGACCCCACAUUCCAUGAGGAACUUAUUAACUAUGGACGAAGCAGGAAUCGCAUGCUUAACAUGUCUCAUUUCAAAGAUGAUUCAAGUCCUAAUGCAUGGGAUUACUCUGCUUGGGUGCGUAGCUAUGCAUUAUAUUUGGAGGAGAGGCUGGAGUGCUUUCGGGUGUUGAAAUAUGAUGUGGAAUCUGAUCGUACGAGAACCAAUGAUUUGGACACUCCGGAUUUGCUUGAACAGUUGCCAUCUCUACAGCAACUUCUAUAUCGUGUUAUUGGCUGUCAGCCACAAGGGGCAGCUGUUCAUAAUUUUGUUAUUCAGAUAGCACUUACAAUGGUUGCUUCAGAAAGUGUUAAAGUUUACAACUCUAUUAGUGAUGGCACUGUUAAUUUGGUUGACAAGUUCUUUGAGAUGCAACGGAAUGAUGCUCUUAGGGCUCUGGACAUAUACCGCAGGGCUGGUCAGCAGGCUGAGAGACUCUCUGAAUUUUACGAGAUAUGUAAGAAUCUUGAUGUUGGCCGGGGAGAAAGAUUUAUCAAGAUUGAGCAGCCUCCUGCAUCUUUUCUACAAACAAUGGAGGACUAUGUUAGAGAAGCACCUCGGUUUUCUAUUGCUCGCAAGGACUCGGUCAUUGAAGAUAAGAAAGUGGUCUUGCCUAUAGAGUACAAAAAAAAUUCUGUAAUCAAAGAGGCGGAUCCAGUGCCAGAACCUGAACCAGUGCCAGAAGCUGUUAAGGUGGAAACUCCUGUGGCAGAACCACCAGACCUGUUGUCUCUUGACAAUCCAGCUCCAGCUGUUGCCGAAUUAGAAGAGAAAAAUGCCACAGCUUUAGCUAUAGUUCCCGUUGGUUCUAUGAACCAGCCGGCAUCUACUAGUCCAAAUAUGGCAAAUGGAGUUACAGGCUGGGAGUUGGCUUUAGUGGAAGCUCCCACAUCCAAUGAGACUUCCACAGCGGCUACCAAACUGGCGGGAGGACUAGACCAGCUUACACUAGACAGCCUUUACGAUGAUGCAAUUAGAUGGAGCAACCAAAAUGUAAGCUAUAAUAAUAACAAUAAUCCAUGGGAACGCUCACCAAUGUCAGUUGCGGCCCCCAUGAUGAUGAUGCCGCAGGCACAAACAGCACAUGACCCAUUCUACGCCGGAAACAUAGUGGUGGGUGCACAAACAUCGACGGAGCAGAUGAUGGCAAAUCAUCCACCACCUUUCAUGUUUCAGCAGCAGCAACCUCAGAUGAUGGUGGGUCCGCAAACACAACCGGCUAUGAAUCCCUUCGGCAAUCCAUAUGGUGCAACAUCUGCUAGUCCUUAUAGUAAUGCUUCUAUGCCUGUUCAAUCCUACAGCAAUCCUUAUGCUGGCCUCAUUUGAGCACUUUCCUUCAUCGGAGCUGGCUUUGCAUUUUUUAUGUAUACUGGAGGAUGUAUGAUGAACAGGUGUGUACCACUGCUGCAAGUAGGGUGAAAUUAUUUGUUGAAUAAUUAGGUAGGAGCAAAAAGUUCUUUGGUUCAUUGGUUACAUCAAUGGGAACACACAAUAAAACCUUUAUUUUUUGACCUGCUUUAGCUCAAGCAGGCCUUUUGUGUAUGCCAACCCCCCCCCCCCCCCCCCCCCCCCCCUCAAAAUUUUCAAUGUUUCAUUAUUUUUGUAAAAUGGUUGUACAACUGCAUGGUGUAUUCAUAAACAAGAUCUCUUUUUCCAUGGUUUCAUUAUUUUCAAUAUUUCAAUAAUUC